AUGUCCAGAUGUGAUGACUGUGGCGUCUUCCUGUGCCAAGAGUGUCUAAAUGCCUACAAAAGACUUCUGUCUAUGCGAGAUCACCAAACUGUCAGUUUUGACGACAUGAGGGAACGACCAGUUGAGAGCUUCCGUCGCCUCCAUAAGUGUACACAACAUCACCAGCCUCUACAGUUCUACUGCCACACUUGUGACCAGGCCGUCUGUGUGUCUUGCACAGUAGUGGAACAUGAUAAAGGGAGUGGGCACAACGUUGUUUCUGUUGAAAACGCACAUGAAAGUAAGGCAGCUGAAAAUGAAGACGUCUUGCAGAGAUUAGAUGAGAAAGGCAAAGCUCUUGAAAAAGCAGCUGAAGAUCUACAAAAGAAAUGUGAAAACAUAAAGUCAUCAAGUAGCACUGCCAAAGAUGAGAUCAACAAAGCCUUCACCAAUCUGAUUGAGGCAUUGAAACAUAGGAAGACCAUCAUGUUGUCAGAAGUUGAAACAAAGUCAGAUGAAGCUCUGAAGCCUGCAGAGGAGGCAUUGGAAUCCACAGUAACGCUGCUGACUAAAGUGAAGUCUUCUACAGAAUACACGAGACAGAUGAGAGGCAAAGCUGACAAGAUAGAGGAUCUACAAGUGAUGGGAUCUUCAGCCGCCUCUUUGAAUUCCAUCUUGGCGGAGACACCUAAAGAUGUUGGGUUUGACAGGACUGGAAUCAGCUUCGUUUCUGCAUGUUUCAAGAAAAUAACAUCAUUGAUGCAGAUAGCUGGCAUUGUCCGAGUAGUAUCAUUUUCACCAGCAAAGAGACCUGGCAACGUCCCUUUGAACAUGAUAUACAAUUCAAUCACUCUGGACCAAGGUACUUUGGAACAAGGUAAAUAUAUCAUAACAUUUCUUUCAAGGUUCAGCGUAGAGAGUAUGUCGUCAACAGUAUCUAAAGGAACAUCCAAAAGAUGA